AGCAUGGUUCAGUCUGACUCGCCCCCCCCAGAUGCUUGCCUCCGUUUGUCCCCGAUUGACCUGUUGAGUGUUGACCGGAGACCACCCCAAAGCUACCUCCCCAAAAUAACUCAAAUAUUUAUAUGUUCUGAUUCUUACUAAACGAAACUUUAAUCGGAUGAUCGAUUCUUUCGGGCGACAAAAUAAUUAAUUUUGGUGAAUACUCAGCUUGCGCCGGGUUACGUUAUGCGAUGGGCUAACCCCAAAUAAAAAGUACAGUGUAUCCCGAGUAGCUAGCCUAGGCCCAAGGAGGUAACUCUAACCGACAGCACUGGCACAGAGUGGGGGCGAGAGCGGCGGGGGAUGCGAACUCCUGAAUAUUUUAUUUGUUCUACUAUUUUUGUGACAGAAUUCGUGCCGUUGUCUUUUAGCUAGUUUGAUAGAGCAAAUGAAGGGCUGCAUCGACAUAAACAGAGAGAGAGAACCGGUGAUAAAGUAUUUUUUUUUUUCUGUUAUCCAACCGUCCGCUCUUUCCGUCGCCCCCCGGCCCGUGCCAGCCCGAGCGCUCCGAAUCUCACGGGGCAAAGAUACGGGCACAAAACGGGGCACGGACAGCUCUCUCUGCCCACUCCGUCUGGCCGUUCUACCGCUGUUCAGGCCUCUCGUCUUCCCUUGGCGGACACCGACGAGACUCUCCCGCUACCCUUCGAUACCCGGUGGUGCUGGGCUAGAGCGUUAUGGCUCAGACGCUACAGAUGGCGAUCCCUAACUUUGGCAACAACGUGUUGGAGUGUCUCAAUGAGCAGCGUCUCCAGGGGCUCUACUGCGACGUCUCCGUGGUUGUCAAGGGACACGCCUUCAAGGCGCACCGGGCGGUCCUGGCGGCCAGUAGCUCCUACUUCCGGGACCUGUUCAACGCUGGGGGGAAGAGCAGUGUGGUGGAGCUCCCCCCGGCCGUCCAGCCCCAGAGCUUCCAGCAGAUCCUGGCCUUCUGCUACACAGGCCGCCUCAGCAUGAACGUAGGGGACCAGUUCCUCCUCAUGUACACCGCAGGCUUCCUGCAGAUCCAGCAGAUCAUGGAGAAGGGCACCGAGUUCUUCCUCAAGGUCUCCUCCCCGAGCUGUGACUCCCAGGGUCUUCAUGCAGAAGAGACUCCGCCCUCCGAGCCCCAGAGCCCUGUCACUCAAACCACAGGGGGAGGGGCUGGGGUGGUUUCCACGGCAGCAUGUAGGCCCGCCUCCUGCCUGACACCCCUCCCCCUGGUGUCGAGGGUGAAGACGGAGCAGAGCGGGACUACGCCACAACCCACACCACAGCAGCAGGAGGCCACUUCCUACUCGGUGGUGUGCAGCCCUGUCGCCAAGCGCCUGUGGGAGGGGGGCAACCGCGGUGACGGGGGAGGGGGCUCGGGAGGAGGAGGGUCCAGGAAAGCCGCCCGCUACUCUUCCUCCUCCGCCUCCUCAAACAACUGCAACUCCCAAGAUGCAACGGGCAGAAACGUUGUUAACCACAGUAACCAUAACAACAACAACAGUAACCAUAACAGCAGCAGCGUGGGGACGCCGGACGGAACGAGUCCGGGGACGCUGAGCAUGUACACCAGCGACUCGCCCCUUAGUUACCACGAUGACGAGGAGGAAGAGGAAGUGACUGACGACAGCGCUGAAGAGCAGUACAGGCAGAUCUGUAACAUGUACACAAUGUACAGUAUGCUCAAUGUGGGCGCCACAGUAGCGGGCGAGCGCGUGGAGUCCCUACCGGAGCACCUCACGGCCGAGACCCGGGGCGGCAGGGGGGUGAGGCUACGCCAGGAUCUGGCUUCGCUACCUGCCGAACUCAUCACCCAGAUAGGUAACCGGUGCCACCCACGGCUGUACGAGGAGGGGGACCCUGCAGAGAGGCUGGAGCUGGUGACGGGUACCUCCGUGUUCAUCUCCCGCGCCCAACUCAUGAACUGUCACGUCAGCGCCGGCACGCGGCACAAGGUCCUACUGAGGAGGCUGCUGGCCUCUUUCUUCGACAGGAGUACUCUAGCGAACAGCUGUGGGACGGGGAUCCGCUCUUCUACAAACGACCCCAGCCGCAAGCCCCUGGACAGCAGAGUACUGCACGCCGUCAAGUUUUACUGCCAGAACUUUGCGCCGAGCUUCAAGGAGAGCGAGAUGAACGCCAUCGCGGCUGACAUGUGCACUAAUGCCCGCCGGGUCGUCAGGAAGUCCUGGAUCCCGAAGCUCAAGCUCCUCAUGGCCGAGGGUGACGCCUACUCCGCAUUCCUCCAAUCAGACGCCAUCAAGAUGGAGGCCGACGCCCUGGGGGCGGAGCAUGGGUUCGACCCCAACUCCCUGGCAGAAGAGGCGGCAGCAGCCAAUAGCGAUGCGGGACCUUCUUCAGGGGAGGGGUUACAAGGCGUUGUGGGCGGAGACGGCAGCACUUUGUUUUAAAGUGAGUGGGCUUAUUGUGAUCUUAUUGGUGGAUGGUCUUUGAUCAUUGCUCUCGGCGAUACUUCCUCCCCCAGUUUUAGUCAGUUUUUUAAUGUCACUUUUCCACAUCUUAAUCUCUUCCCUCAAUACUUUGAAUUUCAUUUAUUAUAUCCAUCUGUUACAUCCCUUGUUCUCUCUCUCUCGCCGUCCCAGACCCCCCCAUGUACAUAGUGUCUGCCCCCUUUUGGGCGGGAGAGAGAUGGGGGGAUAGAGGUGUAGAAACAAAGAGGUUUGUCAUGUAAGGGGGGUUAACCUAGAAAUAUUCCCUGAUCCCAUUGUAGAAUCUUUUCUUGUUUUAAUGUUUGUUUUCUGGUUUGCGAAGGUCCUUUCUCCUUUCCAUAUCGCUGAAACACAUUCCCUAGGAGGGGGGGCCUUUUGGGUUGGAUGGGGGUCGGGGUUGAAUGGGGUAGUAUAAUGGGAGGGGGGUCUCCUCUUCAUGGUCUAAUAACACUGUUUUGAUAAUGAAUGUAUCGGUCGUGAAGCGUUGUCAAGUCACCUGUAUGUAUUGUCUGUGGACAGUAGAUUGUAAUGGAUUGAUUUGAUUAGAUUGUAUUCAUCAGUUUAUAUAGAGACUCUGGAAGUCCAACUGAAGGCUAUUUUAUGGGGGGGGGUACGUAAAGGCUUAAUGGUUGAAGUAGGUGUAUGUAUUCUGUAUAUUGGCAGGACUUUUGGACCCCCCUAACCUUCUUCCCCCCCCAUUUAGAGGGCAGUUUUCAUUCCUACUUUUUUCACUUUUCAUUUGUGUCUCUCUUAUCAUAGUUUUUUUUCUCUCUGCGUGUGCGACAUUUGACUUGUUGCCAAGACUCCCUGAAAAGCAGAGGAGAUGUUACUGAAAGAUGGUUGAACAGUUGGUGACUGGAUGAGGAAGAAGUUGCUCUGAUCUCGUAUUCAUGUUGAUGAUGCAGUAUGAUUUCCUGUACGUCUACUGAAUUCUGUGUGGAGAGAGGGAGAGGGAGGAGUAAGGGACCCUUUUAAAAUCAUGUCAGCUCACACCCAUAUUCACAUUUAGAAGGAAAGUGACAUAUUUGUUGUCUCUCACUAUUAAGCAAGUAAUAACUGAAUAAUGUACUUGUCUUGCACUAUAAUACUAUAAUACAAGUCUUAUCCAAAUACUAGAAUCGUCUCCAUUUGACCAAGCUUGAAGCUGUGGGCUAGGGUGUAGGGGCUAGGGUGUAGGGGCUAGGGUGUAGGGGCUAGGGUGUAGGGGCAUUAUGUUAGAUGUGUGUACUGUGUAGUGUACACAGGGUGGACCCAUUCUGUAUUUGGUUUCGUUAUGGACUGAGGGAGGGUUGGUGUAUCCUGCUAAGAGGCAUUCAUGACACACACACACACACACACACACACACACGGAUUAAAGUACCCUAGAGGACUAAUCCCUAUACAUCCUGGGCGGAUACAAUGGUGCCAAUUAAAGUAAUACGACACACACACACACACACUAUGCGUGUCAGUGUGUGGAUGGUGACAGACGUGUGUGUUGUCACAUGCGGCAGAGAGUGAGAACCCAGACGGAGUGUGCUCACACACGCUUGGCUGACUCAUUCAUCCAUCUCUCCCUCACACACACACACACACACACACACUCCGGUGCACCCAGACUGAUCCAGCCGCAGCACACUGCCAGCCUAUAAACAUCCCUGUAAAGCUCUGUUGAACACACCUUGUGAGAAACUACAGAGAGGAGAUGGACCUUGACAAGCCAUGAAUAACGACCAACUGUCAUUCUAGCUACAGCUCAUCAGUGAUUGGAUGAAAGAUGACUGGGGCAGUUCCCAUCUAUCACAGUACCAGUAGAGAGCCAAUGACACCACCGCCAGUAUCCCAUCAUACAGUAGAAUCAUGGCGUGUCAAGGAGGAAGGACCCGUUGCCCCUAAACGCUGAUCUAUGGUCAUGUUUGCGUUUUCCCGCUAGUUGUCAAGGUUUGGAGAGGGCAAGCUGAUCCUAGAUCUGUGCUCAAGGGGUUUGUGCUCGGAGCAGAAGUGAGCAUAGACAGGCUGGUGCUAUAGACACAGUUGUUAGUGAUAACCUGGUCCCAGGUCUGUUGGUAGGAUCUUGCCGCCACCUUGUAACUCGUGACAAUUCCACAAGGAGUAGAAACAGACUGGCACCUUGUAAUGCAGUUGGUGUCGGCGGGGGGCUCUGUUGUGAUUGUCAGGCUUGGUCUGUUGUGUCACUGCACUGUUACUGUGGUGAUCUGCUGUGUGUUUGGGGUAGAAACACACACACACACACUAAAACACACACGCACACUAAAACACACACGCACACUAAAACACACACGCACACUAAAACACACACGCACACUAAAACACACACGCACACUAAAACACACACGCACACUAAAACACACACGCACACUAAAACACACACACACACUAAAACACACACACACACUAAAACACACACGCACACUAAAACACACACACACACUAAAACAAACACACACACACACUAAAACACACACGCACACUAAAACACACACGCACACUAAAACACACACGCACACUAAAACACACACGCACACUAAAACACACACGCACACUAAAACACACACGCACACUAAAACACACACGCACACUAAAACACACACGCACACUAAAACACACACGCACACUAAAACACACACGCACACUAAAACACACACGCACACUAAAACACACACACACACUAAAACACACACUCACACUAAAACACACACACAC